GACAUUGCUGGCGACCAAUCCAGUCUACGAAAGUAAUAUGAUUGUCUUGUUUUAUCCAAUCAGGUGAUAAGAGGAGGGAUUAAGAUUCUGAAUGCAGCUAGCCAGCUAGGGUGUGUUUCUUGUUCAGGUCUUGAUAGCUUGUGAAGCUAAACAGCUAGCUAGUUAUCAGAUUUGAAAAAAGGCAACAAUCUUUUCGUCGAGAUAGCGGCUACAUUUAUCGGUUUUUUUUAAAGAAAAGGUAUCCCUUUGUUUUUGAGGAGUUUCCCACUUUGUCCUUUGCACAUAUCUUUACACAGAGAAGAGCUCGUGAGCUUCAUCAUCAGGGUGUCUCAUCUCUUUUGCACAUAUCCAGUUCCUCCUCACUCCAGCCCUGUGAUUCCUCACGAAACAGAGGGACCACACCAGAGAAAGGGCUAAACUGUGCAUCCCUUCCUCCAGGUCCCCUCUGCCUCAGUGUGUGUUUGAGUUCUCGCAAGACUCCUCCUCGCUACAACCAAAAUGUCCUCCAUCUUGCCUUUUACCCCUCCGGUAGUUAAGAGGCUCCUGGGGUGGAAGAAGUCAGCCAGUGGCGCCGGGGGAGGAGAGCAGAACGGCCAGGAGGAGAAGUGGUGUGAGAAGGCUGUCAAGAGCCUGGUGAAGAAGCUGAAGAAGACUGGACAGCUGGACGAGCUGGAGAAGGCAAUCACCACCCAGAACUGCAACACCAAGUGUGUCACCAUCCCCAGCAAUUGCUCUGAAAUAUGGGGACUGAGUACACCAAAUACGAUAGAACAGUGGGAUACCUCAGGCCUAUACAGCUACCCUGACCAAACCAGAUCCCUGGAUGGGCGCCUGCAGGUCUCGCACAGAAAGGGUCUUCCUCAUGUCAUCUACUGCCGCUUGUGGCGAUGGCCCGACCUGCACAGCCACCAUGAGCUGCGUGCCAUUGAGGCCUGCGAGUACGCCUUCCACCUCAAGAAGGAUGAGGUCUGCAUCAACCCCUACCACUACCAGAGGGUGGAGACCCCAGUUCUGCCACCUGUCCUUGUGCCAAGACACUCAGAAAUUCUGACAGAACUGCCCCCAUUGGAUGACUACACUCAUUCCAUACCUGAGAACACAAACUUUCCUGCAGGGAUCGAGCCUCCAAAUAACUACAUACCAGAAACGCCACCACCUGGAUACAUAAGUGAGGAUGGGGAAGCCAGUGAUCAACCGAUGAAUCAAAGUUCUCCUGCUGAUUUGUCCCCUGGCACACUCUCACCUGUCAAUCAUAGCAUGGACUUGCAGCCGGUGACCUACUCUGAGCCUGCGUUCUGGUGCUCUAUAGCUUACUAUGAGCUGAACCAGCGUGUUGGAGAGACCUUCCACGCCUCGCAGCCCUCUCUCACCGUGGACGGUUUUACAGACCCUUCCAACUCAGAGCGUUUCUGUCUUGGCCUGCUCUCCAACGUCAACAGGAACGCCACUGUUGAGAUGACCAGGAGGCAUAUAGGACGAGGAGUCAGGCUGUAUUAUAUUGGUGGUGAGGUGUUUGCUGAGUGUCUCAGUGAUAGCGCCAUCUUUGUUCAAAGUCCAAACUGCAACCAGCGGUAUGGGUGGCACCCAGCAACCGUGUGCAAAAUUCCUCCAGGUUGUAACYUGAAGAUCUUCAACAACCAGGAGUUUGCUGCUCUGCUGGCCCAGUCUGUGAACCAGGGCUUUGAGGCUGUGUACCAGCUCACCAGAAUGUGCACCAUCCGCAUGAGUUUUGUCAAAGGCUGGGGGGCUGAAUACAGACGGCAGACUGUCACAAGCACUCCCUGCUGGAUUGAACUGCAUUUGAAUGGACCUCUGCAAUGGCUGGACAAAGUGUUGACUCAGAUGGGUUCCCCUUCUGUACGCUGCUCCAGUAUGUCAUAAUGCUAGAAAACGACCCAAAACGUCGCCCACUCAAAGAUCAUCAAAUUCUAACUUGCAAGUCCUAUCAUGAAAAGAAGCUGCAGAAAUAAUUUCUGCUAUUAACAUAAUUCAUAGUAUUUGUGGCCUAGCUCCACGUCCCUGUCAACACACACACACACACACACACACACACACACACACACACACACACACACACACACACACGGCAAGACAUACUUUUCAGAAUAGAAUUAGGCACUUUGUUACCCAUCUUUGUCAUCUUUGUUAAAUUGCUUUUCCCCAAAUCCUUAAUAUUAGAUAUAUUUGUGGUGCAAAUAAAAUGUAUAUUGAUUUUUAAAGUCCAGGUAUGAAUUAUUGGAGGCAGUGGAAAUACCAAAAAAUAUUCUACAAAUAGUUUCUCAGUAUUGGAGAAUGCUUGUAUAAGUAACACAAGUGUGAAUGCUAAAUGAAUUUUGGUUUAACUCAUCCAUCCAUCUUUUUGGCCAUGAGGUAACUUCUCUCUGGGAAACAUGGACCCAUCUUUUUUUGUCUGGGGAGUUAGCGUGGUUAAGAAAUGAAGAUGGCAUUUGUCGCUUUCUCCUCGAAGGGAAAUGCUCAAUUAUGUUUUUAAAAUGUAAUUGUUUAAUUUACCUAAUUAACUCUUUACCCUUUUGUCAAUGUCUUUUUUUUUUAUUCCAGAUGUGUCGUUGUAAGACACCUCUUAAUGGACAUAUAGGAAUGUUUAGCAAAAAAACUAAACAAGCUGCGAAAUCAAUCCGGCUGUAGUUGACAUACAUUUUUAGCUCUGUCAGUAUAUGACACCUCCAAUGUUAUUAUAGGUGGCCCAUGUUUCAUUUGGACCACACACCGUCUCAGAUGCAGGCUAGUUAAUUCUAGGCUCUGUUAGGUUUGGAUGCACCGGGCAAGGACCAGAGAAUAUCAGCUGUAAAAUCUUUUUUUGAUGUCUCACUGGGUGUCCAGGUCUCUCGAGGUGAAUUAUUAAAAAGUUAUUUCACUUGGAGAAUGGAAGGUAUCAAUGAAUUUAAUUCUAUAUUGUUUUUAGCCUAUAUCCCCUUUCUUUUGCUACUUUUUUGUAUUCUCAUGUAUUUUUAUAUAUAAAUAUAAUUAAACUUUCUUCUGUCGUUCACUUUUUAUUAAAGUUAAUAUUUUCAAGACUGUCUCUUUUUAAGUGACAUGGAGAGCAUGGAUCAUUAGUGUUUUUGUUUUUUUUAAGGUUCAACUUGAAUCCAAUUUAAGCCCUUGCCUUGGUAAGAAAAAUACAGCCCCAUGUUAUGUAGACAGUUUCUGUCUCUUUAAAAUAAUCAACUUGGUGCAUCAGAAGUACACAAAUUAAAGCAUAAAUGCCUGUAACAUGAUAUCUGCUUUCCUGCAAUGUAUGGAUGGGUUAUGUGACUGAGGAAUGUUGUAUGAACUUCUUUUGACUCAUUCAUCUCUUCACUCUUGAAACACAUUUGCUUUCUGGAAGCUGUUUGGUGCUCAGUAAAGGAUAAAAGGUCCACCAUAAAACAGUGGUCAACCAAAAAAAGUGAUUUAUUUUUUAGCUAAAUGUUACAGAAACUUGGCAGUAUUCUAUGUUCUUACAUCACAAAAGGGAGAGAGAAAUGAAACUGCACACUGGGACAUAUUUUCUGUAUUAGUGUGCAUUGUAUUUGUUCUUGUCUAUAAAAUACAGUAUGUACAACAAGACUGAGCUUGCAGUCUGACAUUGUCAUUUUGUGGCUAUUGCAAGAUUUCUUUUAACAUCUAUUUUCUCCCAUCUCCUUUAUUGAUGUUAUUCAUCUAUUAACCUUACGGCACUAGUGAUUGUACUUUGUAAGUGCAACUAGUGAGUUUGGAUUUGGGGAACUGAACCAUGUGUUAGGGUCCAGUGUUGAAUCCUUGUACCAUUGGCCUACAAUAUAUGAAUGUGAAGAGAGUACAUAACAAAUCUGAAGUGGACCAGACGUACAUUAUACAGUAGUGUGUAUUUAACAGUUAAAUAUUUGAAAAACAGUCAGUACAGUAGUUCUCUCAGUUUUACCAGUAGAGGGCGUUAUUGAUAGAGCAGGKUUUUUUUCUGACCAUAAGCUUCUCAGGCGUGUGGCAUAUUAUGCAGACUUCAUAAAACACUAAUAAAGAUUUUUAUUCUCAUGA